AUAUCCAUUACCUCCAGGCAGGGAGGUGCGGAUUCUGAUGGGAAUAGCAUUGAGCAGGAUCCCUGUGGCGAUGAAGAACCCGUCGGCCUUCACUUUCACUGUGCUACAGAUCAUGAAGCUCAGACGGAGCCCCAAAUUCCAGAGUUCUAUACUGAACAGGAAGCAGAUCUUCAAGAUGGCGAUACCUGGUCAGACGUAGAAUAUACCACCGAGAAGUUUAUUCAGCAGUUUCUAGUCGGAAUUCAUGGUUGUGGCACUGAGAAACAUCGAGAAGACCUA